AUGUCCUUCAGCGGAUCCCUAGUGCAACACAGGCGAGAGGGCAUGGACAAGACAGUGAGUCCGAGGAGGAGCGCGGAGACCUAUUCCUAUGACAGAUACCACCCCGUGGGGGAGAUCUACCAGUGGAUGAGCCAGAUAAGAGAGAAGUGCACGGAGGUGGUGACUCAGCACUUCCUGGGGACGACCGAUGAGGCCCGGCCCGGAUUAUCUGCAGUCUUCUGCUUCCAGAAACACGCAAAGGCAAUCUCUGACACAUCUGGAACAGCCUUUUUCCAUCUGCCAAGCUAUUUCCCUUUCCUCCUUUAUCACUCGGACCUGAAAAAGGACGCUGACGCUUUCCCUGAUGAAGCAGAUCUCAUCUACCCAGAACUGUUAAUCUGCUUGAUCUGGAGGAAAUCCCGUUCAUCCUAUAAUAAUGGCACAUGUUUUGGGACCGAUCUCAAUAGAAAUUUCAACAUAUUCUGGUGCAGUACUGGCACAACUAAAAACUGCCAAGAUAUAGCAUUCUGUGGGGCAGGACCAGCGUCUGAACCAGAGACAAAAGCUGUUUCCAGCUUGUUAGACAGCAAGAAGGAGAGCAUUGUUUGCUUCCUGACCUCACGCUCUUACGGGCAGCUCCUCCUCGUGCCUUACGGCUACACCACAAACAAGUCAAGUCACCACAAGGACCUGAUCCAAGUUGGACAGAAGGCAGCAAACACAUUGAAAGCAAAGCAUGGAACCAAUUAUAGAGUUGGAUCGAGCGCAGAUAUUUUAUACACCACACCAGGGUCUUCCAGAGACUGGGCUCGUGACAUUGGGAUCCCCUUCGCAUACACUUUCAAGCUGAGGGACAAUGGUACGUAAGGAUUUAUUUUGCCAGAAGCUGAGAUUCAGGCCACCUGUACAGAGGGCAUGGAGGCUGUCCUCUCCAUCCUGGAUGAGGUGCGUGAGAAAUACUGGCUGAACGGUGCUGGAAAGGUGGUGUCUCCCGCAGCGGUGCUGAGCCUGCUAAUGUCCUUCACAUCCAUUCUCUAAGCGCAUCCUCCCAGGCCGGCUCAGCUCCAGUGAUGAGGAUGUGCUCACAGAGAAGGUGUUUGUCUGCGGUCGGAGAGGAACCAAACAAUUCAACUAAAAAUACGCACUUUCUGUUUCAAUAAAGAUGAAUCAUAUUUGCAUUUUAA